AUGACUAUUGUGGGAACUCCGAGUGGGUUCAAUGAAUGGGAUGGAGAUUCAUUAGGUUCCAUUUCAGAUAAGAUAUAUCAAAAUUAUUUGUCACCGAAUUUAGAAUUGUUUGAUGCAAAAGUGACAAUUAAUCAUUGGCAACUUAGAGAUUGCAUUAAGCCAUUUUCAGGUAGUUCAAAUGGUGAAUUAUAUUAUAUAUAUGAUCAUUCUAUUAGAUCAUUAAAUACAGACUCAAGAUGUUUAUCGUCAGAGCAACAAUAUUAUAGUGAUGAUAUAGACGACACUGAUAAUAAUGAUGAUAGUCUAAAAAGUAAAAGACAAAGAAUAUCAAAAUAUACAUUGACUGAUUCAAAUAAUAUUAGUCAUAAUAAUAACUUAUAUGGAUCACCGACUCAAACAGUGGUAGAUUUUAAUUUUAAACCACGGUGUUUCACUGAACAAAAUGGAUUAAUUGCAUGUGGUGGUCUGGUGGGAUCAGACGAUAAGGGAUUUCCAACUAAUUGGAAUCGAGUUGAUCGUGAUGAAUCUCAAACAUCUUCGUCAGGAUCGUCUUUAUCAACUACUUUGCAAUCACCUGCACAACCGAUAUCAAUGUCAUCAAGAAAUAUACUUUCUGAUGGUUCGAAUUACGGGAAUCCAAAUAUAUGGAAAGGGAUACUUUCAAUUUAUAAUCACGAAACAAAAUUUAAAACAUCAGUAGUAUUAGGUCAAUUCAUUAACAAUUGUGUUACUGUACAUGGUAGAACUACCCAGAAUUACAACCUUUAUACAUGCAAUAAUGAUGGACAUAUUUACCAAUGUGAUAUAAGUAACAGAUCUGUGGAAUUAAUAAGGCGAUAUUCAGAUUUAGCAUUCCCUCUAAAUAAUGCAUCUUUAUCUCAUGAUGGUAAAACUUUGAUUGUAUCCGGUGAUUCUAAUAAAUUUGCUAUUUAUAAGCAAAAUGAGGUCAUCAACCAGUUUACUCUUAAAUAUGAUAAUCAACCAGAAUGGGGUAAUUCAAGAGCCAGUCGAGUCGGAAUAACUCCAAGAUUUGAUACUAAUGAUACAACUACAUCCAUUGAUAAUAACGUCUUUGAAACAACAAAUGGUGAUCACGGAUUUUAUAAUUGUUUUUCAGAGAAUGAUUUACAGUUUGCAACUUUGUUUCAAAAUGGUAUAUGUUUAAUGUAUGAUAUUAGAAAUACAUCAAAUCCUUUAGCAGAAAUAAUAUCAACUAGACCACAAUCCCAUAAUGGUGCAUUCAGAGUCUGUAGGUUUAGUUACGGCUUAGAUGAUUUGUUAUUUAUCUCAGAACAUCAAGGUAGAGUACAUGUUGUCGACACAAGAAACUUCACAAAUCAUCAAGUUAUUUUUUUACCAAAUAAGAUCAAUAUUGAGUCAGAUGAUGUGAAUUCAACAAGAACUAGUAGUCACUCGUUAAACACCCUUGCCAAUGGAAUGCGUUCAUAUUAUCCAGGAUCUAGGAGUGCAAGAACAAGAAUAUUGACAUCAGGUCCAACGGAUACAGCAAACGGUAGAAUCAAGGAACCUUAUACUACAUCAGCUUGCAAAUUACCCUCAAAAUAUUUAGAACCUUACAUUUUACCUUUCCCCAAAGCAGUUAAUAGGCAUUCAAAUCAUUUUUUCGGUCAUACUCAACAUUAUAAUAGACAGACAGGUUCUGUUUCAUCAAUAGAUUUGAUAUCUGGGGAUUCUGACACUAACAAUGAAGCUAAUGAAUUGCAACAAUAUUCAAGGGAAGUCGAUGAAGACAUGAAGGAAACAUUUAAAGUUAGAAGGAUCUCAACGGCUUCUGGUCAAUGUGGGAACAAGAUAAUACAUGAUAUGAAUAAUGAAUCAGAUAUCAAGAUGGACUCUUCGAAUCUAAGUAGGGGUUCAGGCCAUCAUUCAAAUAUGUUAAGGUUAAACGUCGAUGACACCCUCUUCGACAAUGAAAGCGGCAGGAACGCCUUCUACUUAAAUCAGGAUAACAGCUCAGAUGAUUCUUCAGCUCUUGAAACUUACCAUAGUUCAUUGAAUAGGAGUCUAAUUGAUCCAAUAAUCGAACGAUCUGGUGAUAGCUGUUUAUCCGAGGAAAAUAAUAUAUCUGGUAUAACUUGGUUAAACGACAGAGAUGGAAAUUCUUUAAUAAUAGGUACUGACUACGGAAUUGUUAAGUGGAAUAUAAAUUCAUCUGCAAGGAGAAGUUUUGCUAGUUACGACUUUUGUUAA